AUGUCAAACCAAUCUAAUAAUACAGCAGUAAAGUCUGCUACUGAUUCACUUGGGAGCAAUAGUACUGAUAUGGUAGAGAAGGAUUUAGCUGUGAGAAAUAUCCAGGACGAGGAGGCACAGGGCCCAAAGGAGAAAAAGUUCAUUGAGAGUGAUGCCGGUGAUGGUAGUAGAAGAGAAGACCAAUACUUACACGGACCUAAAUUAGCAUUAUGUUUUGUGUCUAUCUUCUUGUGCUUAUUCCUUGUAGCAUUAGAUCAAACUAUUGUUGCCACUUUGCUUACAGUUGUGGGGAAUAAGUUCAAUGGAUUUGACAAGAUUGGAUGGUUAUCCGCAGGGUUCCUUUUGUCAAUGGCUGUUUUUGCUGCCACAUGGGGUAAGAUUUCAAUUAUAUUUGGAAGAAAGAUAACUAUGUUUAUUGCUAUCGUCCUUUUUGAAGCUGGUUCGUUAAUGUGUGCUUUAGCUAACGAUAUGAACGUGUUAAUUGGGGGUAGAGUCCUUGCUGGUGUAGGUGGAGGAGGAAUUCAAUCGAUGGUUUUUAUUUUGAUUAGUGAAAUUGUUCCUUUAGAAGUUAGACCGCUUGGUAUGGCAGGUUUAGGGUGUACUUUUGCAGUGGCUAGUGUCCUUGGACCUCUUAUUGGUGGUGCUUUUACUUCCAAUGUUUCUUGGAGAUGGAGUUUUUAUAUCAACUUGCCUAUUGGUGGGAUUGCCGCUGCUUUUUUCUUUUGGGCAUUCAACCCUCCAAAGACUAAAGGUAGUAUAAGAGAGAAACUUAAAAUGAUCGAUUAUUUAGGUACAGCCCUUAUGUCGGCAGGUUUAGUUGUCUUCCUCUUGGCUUUGACUUUUGGUGCUGGUGAUGAGUUUUCUUGGGAUUCAGCCGCUGUCAUUUGUUGUUUCGUUUUAGGUGGAGUGGUCAUGAUAAUUUUCUGUAUUUGGAAUUUCAAGUACUCCAAGAACCCGAUUAUUCCUCCUGAUGUUGUAAAAGAGUUAGGAGUAGAUGCUUCAACUCUCAUGAUAUUUGGAAUGUUUGGUUACUUCAUGGCAAUUGUGUUGUAUGUUUCUAUUUAUUUCCAAGUUAUUCAUGGAGCUGACGCGUGGCAUUCAGGUCUUCACUUGCUUCCUAUUAUUAUUCCAGUUGUGCUUACGUCCAUUUCGAGUGGUAUACUUAUUCAUAAAUCUAGAUUUGUGAAACCAUUUGGUUUAUUUGGUGCUAUUUUAGGACCUGUCGGAAUUGGUCUCCUUUGUUUAUUAGAUGUUGAUUCGUCUAAAUCUAGGCAAAUUGGUUUGUUAAUUAUAUCUGGUGUUUCCUGUGGUUUCCAGAUGCAGGCAGCAUUAAUUUCCUCUCAGAUUUCGGCACCAAAAACCCCAGGAGGUACAAUUUUAACAACAACAUUUGUCAAUUUUGGCAGAGCUGUUGGAGGUACAAUUGGUGCUGAUUUAGCUGAUGCAGUUUAUUCAGCAGCAUUCCAAAACAAAUAUGCUGCAGCCUUGUCUAAAUUAACUGAUAAACUGAUUUUAUCUGAAUUAAGCAAUAUAGAUGAAAGAGCGUUGGUAACAUCAACAGAUGUAAUCAACAGCUUAUCACCCGGCGCUCAAAGUUUUGUCAAGGGCCAAGUUAUGGAAGCUAUUAGAAAUGUAUUUUAUAUGUCUCUUGGAUUUUCUGCUUUGGGACUUAUUGGUUGUUUAUGUACAACCAAUAAAAGGUUACCUAAAGUUACAGGUGGAAAAAUGGCGGCAGAGGAAGAAGAAAAGAAUGAUACAACAAAUGUAGAAACUACGGACAAGAACAGGGAUAGUUCCUCAUCGAACGACAACGAACAGGAUGUCCUGGUUGAUCGUUUAAACACUAAUUUAGAAAACGGACCUGAACACACAGCAAACAAAUAA